CUCUCCAGGAGCAUCACACACAACAGCAGCACAGGAUUUUUUAAAGAAACAUCUGUUGAAUUGACAAAUCCGACUCUUCAACUACAUCUUGCUUUACAGUUCUCCUUCCUUUCUUUUUUAUCCAUUCCACCAUCUUAAUCAGUUUUAUUGCUCUUUUUAUUACUCUUAGAAAUUGCAUUGUGCUCUCACAAAAUCUCUAUUUACCUUUCUCAUUUUCUGCUCUUCUCCAUCACGUUUUUUUCCCCCACUCUUUCGCCUCUAUACAAUCCUGAUGAACGACUCAUACCUGCAGAUCCUUAAAGGACAGAUAUCCAUGAAUGCUACGUCCUUGCUGCCUUCAAAUGGCAGUAUUUUGGAUUCUCCAUCGGGGGCGCUGUGCGAGCAGGUUCAGAUCCGGGCGGAGGUUUUUCUCACCUUGGGUAUUGUGAGUUUACUGGAGAACAUUCUUGUCAUCUCAGCAGUGGUAAAAAAUAAGAACCUGCACUCUCCAAUGUACUUUUUCCUGUGCAGCCUGGCUGCCGCAGACAUGUUGGUGAGUGUAUCGAAUUCUUUGGAGACCAUCGUCAUUGCAGUACUAAAUAGUGGCCUUCUGGUAGUCAGCGAUCAAUUUGUGCGCUUGAUGGACAACGUAUUCGACUCGAUGAUCUGCAUUUCGCUCGUGGCAUCCAUUUGCAACCUUCUGACCAUUGCCAUUGAUCGCUACGUUACGAUCUUCUACGCCCUGCGGUACCACAGCAUAGUAACCGUACGCAGGGCACUGGUUGCCAUAGCUGCGAUUUGGUUGGUGUGCGUGGUUUGUGGGAUAGUCUUUAUAGUGUACUCGGAGAGCAAGACUGUGAUUGUGUGUCUGAUUACAAUGUUUUUUGCAAUGCUGGUUCUCAUGGCAACUCUUUACGUACACAUGUUUUUACUUGCCAGACUUCACGUGCAACGAAUUGCUGCCUUGCCCCCGGCAGCAGCCGCCGCGGGCAACCCUGCUCCCCGUCAACGCAGCUGCAUGAAAGGAGCGGUAACUAUCUCUAUUCUACUCGGCGUGUUCGUGUGCUGUUGGGCACCAUUUUUUCUCCACCUUAUUUUGCUUGUGUCCUGUCCACAACACCCACUGUGCCUCUGCUACAUGUCCCACUUCACCACGUACCUGGUUCUCAUUAUGUGCAACUCCGUAAUUGACCCUCUCAUCUACGCCUGUCGCAGCCUUGAAAUGAGGAAGACCUUUAAGGAGAUACUCUGUUGUUUUGGAUGUCAGCCUCAGGUACCUUUAUGUGUUUGAAAGUGAAAUGACAGGACAGGGAAUGUGAUCCAGUGGUUGCUGAAAAAAUAUAUAAAUUAUGUGUUAAUAAAGCCCUUAAUGAGCACAAGUGUACAAAAGUCUGAAACCACACUGACAUUAUGAGAUUUCAUUAUUUAAACUUCUAAGUAAACAUAAUGUUUUUUCGAUUUACAAAAAUGUGUAUGUAUGCUCUGAGAUAUGACUGUGAACACUGUACCGAACAAGACAAUCUAUGGAAUAUUCUCAAUAUAUUCUUCAUAAAAGUAAAAGAUCGUGGACUCCAUGCCAACUGGUGUGUCAUGAAAGCAAAAAUGGGACUUUUGAUAAUAAAAUGUAUUCAUGUUAUUUAUUCGUUAAUUUAUAAACGUAUUUACAUGAUUUGUGUUAGACCUUUGGACCCCACUGUAUACACAAACUGUAAUAUGUAUGUAAUAAUUUAAAUACAUGAAUACUUAUUUACAAUAGCUGUGUAACUCUAUUUUAGGUAUCUGUGGAACAAUGGUUAUGAUCAUAUAAAAGUGUAUAAACACUUGUUUGAUUUGCAUCUUAGUUAAACCAGGCUAACUUAAUUCAGGAAAAAGUCGAGGAACUUUCAGAACAUUUAGCAUUAAGGUGUCAACUGCUAUUCAGAAAAUAUACAAAUUUAAGCUCUGUCUCUCAAUAACAAUCAACCAUGAACUUCAGACCACUGAGUCAAGUACUAAGUGUAUCUCUAUUUUUGCAAUCCUGAGGUAAAAUUUGUAUCUGACAAACUGCAGACUCACCAAUUACUUCUCGGCUGAGAUCGAUCGUCUAUGACCGUACUUCCGGUUUACCCGGGCAGUUCCGUUUUUUUUAAAUAUGUAUAUAUUUCUCCGUUUUUGCUUUUAUGCUCACUUUAACUCUUUCCUCUGAAAUACUUUGCAAGUAAUGAAAAUUUGCUAAUUUUUCGACAACUCAGCAGUGUACCUGGUUGCCAUGACACUAUUUUCACGCGCUUGCUGCAGGGAGAGCCGCAUCUAGCACGCACGAUCUGUUUCCAGCUGAAGUAAACCGAUUGAUUACUUCGUUCCGUUACUGCAGCCUGUAGCUUACUUGUCUCUUGUUUAGCUAAAGUACAUGCACAAGAACGUUUUUGCAGUACAAUUUCUUCAGGAAUUGCCUAGCUUAUGUGAAAUAUUCCUAUUAAACGUUAUACUUCAAUGUUUGUACAAAUAACAAAUGUGUAAAUCAAUGCACUGUUUUUAAUGUUGAAAAGUGUGUGUUCUCUGUUGCUUCAUGUGGGAAAUCUGAAACGUUUUUUUUUAUUGAACCAUGUUAUUACUGAGUGUAUAAGUGAAUAAUGUUUUUAUCAAAUUCUCUGCCUUAAAUGCAAUGCACUAACAUUUAUGAACUCUGGAGCAAACUGAUAAUGCAAAAGACUUGACUCACUCAUUGCAGAAGCUAGCCAUUUAAAUGUUUAUGUGGCAUUCUGUUUACCAAAGGCUUUAAAUGACAUAAGCUUUUAUAAUGAAAUUAGUCUUGAGCUUGCUGUGGCUUUAAAACUCUGAAUUUCAUUGGAGCAUGGAAUUGUUUCUACUAAUCUAAUAAAUGCUUAU